AUGGGCGCCCCCGAUUGCUGUGGAUCAUCGUGCACUUGCCAACCUGACAACUGCCAGUGCAGUACUUCCUCUUGCCAAUGUGCCAAGUCUUGUGGUUGCGGAGAAAACUCGGCCAAGGCUUGUCAAUGCGGUAGCGACUGCGCUUGUGCCAAACAAGAACAAGAAGCCAAGGAUGGCUGUUGCGGCAACUGCGAUUAA